ACCCUUGGCCAGGCUUCGCAGCUUCUCCUCAAAGGCGUCCCAUCUCACCGGGAUCUCCACUUCCUUUGCCGGGCACUGCUCCAAGAUGUAGCUCCGAACCUUCUCCGCCGUCUUCCUGUCCGUGUCGUCUGGAUUCAGGGCAUUGAUCUCGAAGAUGAGUGUCUUCUUGUCCAGCUGGAUGAUCUGCUUCUCAAACUUUGCCGGGAUCAGCUUCUUCAGUCGCUCGUUCUUGUCUGCCACCGUUUCGGGGAGACAUUUGUGUGCCAGGUCGCGGUGGGUGCCAAGGAAGAGCAGCAUCGAGGGCUGCCCCUUCGUUUUGGAGGUGAACGUGUUGAUGGUUUGGAUGAACUUCUUCAGGUUCUCUUCGUUGGUUCGGAUGCAGCGGUAGGGCUUGGAGACGGCCUUGCCCCUGCGCCAGUAGCCAAUCAGAGGGUGUUCGUCCAGCGACUGUGACAGGUCCAUCACCAACGCACAGGCCGAGGUCUCGCCAAGGAACACGGCCAUGGCUUCCAUGAACUCGGGCUGUCCUCCGCUGUCCACGACGUACACCACCGUCUCGUCCAGGAGCGUCUCGUGAGAGUCGCUGGGGAUGUUGAUGAGGGAGAUGUACUCUUGGUCCUCCUCAGAUGACUGCAGCAGGGACUCCAGUGUCACCUCUGCUGGGGCUGCUCUGGACGACCUGUCAGGAACGGCUGUUGAUGUGUUUGUGGUGGGACUGCCAGUGGUUUUCACUGGCUGUGUGGCUGUGGAUGACUGCUGGGCUGAGGACGAGGGCUGGGCUGGGGAAGAUGGAGCAGGUGUGGGGAGGGACGCUGGGUCUUGGCUGGUGAGAGAGGCUUGGCCUAGUCGCUGGGCCCGCUCUCGCAGGAGGCUGGCAAUGUAUUUCUUCUUCUCCUCCGGGUUCCUCUUCUUCCAGUGGACCUUGUCGUGGACGACGACCACCUCUGUUUGGACGGGUCUCGUCAGGAGUGGUGUGCUGGUGCGCUGGUCUUCUGCCAGUGGCUCCUCCCCAAUCACUGUCUGUAGAGACGUUGAUUUCCCACUGCCAGCAAUCCCCACCAUCACCAGUUUAGUCAGUUUUCGUUUGGUGACUCCUCGCUUCAUUUCUUCUUGGUAG